UUUUCAACUAACUUAAACCUCAAAUAAAAGUUUCGAAAAUUCUCCCAAUUUUUUUUUCGUUUGGACAUUUCCAACUUGCCGGAGAACGUGACCACCGUCCGUACUGUGACAUUCUCCGAUACCCGCGGCUGAUCACGUGAAGUUCUCCACUUUCUCUUGUUACCUCGAUCCAUCAUGGCGAGACCUGAAUCGAGAUUGUUUUCUUCGUCUGAUCCAUAACUUUUUGUUUUUGUUUGUUUUCGGACUUUGAAUCUGAUUCCAAUCAAAAUACAUGGCGACGAGGAAUCGAACCUUGUUGUUCAGGAAGUACAGGGAUGCUUCGAAGAGCGUCCGAGCUCCGACGAGCUCAUCGGCUUCUACGAGUUCCGGCGGUGGCGGACAGGUGACUGAGUUGACGAAUACGUCGCUCCUGAAUCCGAAUCGGUCUUAUGCUCCGAUCAGUACUGACGAUCCGGGUAAUUCAAGUAGGGGUGCAUUCGCUGUUGGUCCACCUCCAGCUUGGGUAGAUGUAUCUGAAGAAAUAUCAGCAAAUGUGCAACAUGCGCACGUGAAAGUGGCUGAGCUAACAAAUGCCCAUGCAAAGGCCUUAAUGCCAUCUUUAAGAGGUGGUAAAGAAGAUCAACACUUAAUUGAAGCCCUUACACAAGAGAUAAUUGGUUUGAUAAGAAAAACAGAGAAGAGACUACAAAGACUUUCUGCAGCUGGGCCAUCUGAAGAUUCAAAUGUUAGAAAAAAUGUGCAGCGCUCUCUUGCUACUGAUCUCAAGAACCUCUCAGUGGAGUUAAGAAAGAAACAGUCUGCUUAUUUAAAGUGCCUCAGUUGGCAAAAAGAGGGUGAUGAAGUAUAUAUAGAUAUGAAUCUAAAUGGAAGUAGAUCUAGAGUGGAAGAUGAAGAUUUGGAUUACAUGGUGUUCGAUGAGCAUCAGCUUGCAAAACUUAAAAAGAGUGAGGUAUUCUCAGUAGAAAGAAAGCGAGAGAUCCAACGGGUGGUAGAAUCUGUAAAUGAGCUUGCUCAGAUUAUGAAGGAUCUGUCAGUACUUGUGAUAGACCAGGGUACUGUUAUUGAUAGGAUAGACUACAACAUUCAGAAUGUUGCAACAACAGUCGAGGAGGGUCUCAAGCAACUAAAAAAGAUGGUUAGGGGUGGGAAGGUCAGUAGCAAACGUAAAUUAAGAAAGAGAGCUCCAGUGAUGGACAAAGGUUCUGAUGAUUCAGAUGAGGAUUACGUUGUCUCAGAUGAGGAUAAUGAAGUCUCUGGUAACUCAGAUGAGGAUUAUCCCUUUUUAGUGGAUGAAUUUGCAUCAGAAGAUGAUAAUUUUGUUGAGGAAAAGGAGGAAGAGGAAAGGGAAGUGAAAAGAGUGAAUAAUGUUGGCAGAUCAAAAUCCAGAAGCCGCUCUAGAAGCCGCCCUAGAAGAUUUAUUGUAGAAGAGGAAGAUGAGGAAAAAGAAGAAGCAGAAGAAGAAGAGGAUGAGAAUGAAGAUAUGGAAGAUGCCAAGAAGAGAAUUAGAUCAAAAGUGCAGAGCAGUUUCUCAGGUAUGCGAAAAAUUUGGGUCAAGCCAUCACAGAAGAGGAGAAGAGUUACUUACAAAGAAGAAGAUGAUGAUGACGACGAUGAGGAAUUCACACCCAAUAAUGAAGAAGAAGAAGAAGAAGAAGAGGAAGAAGAGGAGGAAGAGGAAGAGGAGGAGGAGGAUGAAGAUGUGGAAGAGGUCAAAAAGAGAAUUAGAUCAAAAGUGCAGACCAAUUUCUCAGGUAGGCCAAAAAAGGGGGUUAAACCAUCACAAAAGAGGAGAAGGGUUACUUACAAAGAAGAGGAUGACAAUGAUGACGACGACGAUGAUGAGGAAUUUACACCCAAUAAUGAUGAUGACGACGACGACGAGGAAUUUACACCAGAUGAUGAUGAUUGUUCAGAGGAAGAAGAAUCAAGGGUGAUAAAGAAGAAGAAUAAUGCAAAACCACGCAAGCGUGUGUUGCGGAAAAAGGUUCCUUUAAAGGGUCAGAAAAGGAGGAGGAAAUCCAUGGUUUCAAAGAGGCCAUUACGAAGGAAGGUAAAAAGGAAAUGCGGGUUUAAAAGGAAUGUAAGAUGUGAUGAUGAUGAUGAUGAUGGAGAUUUUGUAGACAAUGACUUUGUUUUGAGAGAGACAAGUGCAAUAAAAAAGGGUCGGAAAAGGAGGCGCUUUGUUUUUCCCUCAGAUUCAGAUUUUGCGUCCUCUGGCUCUUCUGAUUAUGAAUACACCAUAUCUGAGGAAGAGAGAGAGCAAGUGAGAGAAGCUAGGGAGUUUUGUGGAAAAAAUAAUUUGAGAAGCUCAUCCGUGAUGGUGAGUGAUAAAAUUGUGGAGAAUGUGGUUCUGCCACUGGAAAGAAAAUCUACCGGAAGGAAGGGUAAGGAAAAGGUAGAGGAAGUAAAAGCUGAAGUUGUAAAGCAGGUAUGUGGAAUUUGCCUUUCAGAGGAAGAUAAAAGAAAAGUGAGGGGAACCUUAAAUUGCUGCACUCAUUAUUUCUGUUUUACCUGCAUCAUCGAAUGGGCAAAAGUGGAAUCUCGUUGUCCUUUGUGCAAGCAGAGGUUUGCUACAAUUAGUAAGCCUGCAAGAUAUGCGGCAGGAGUUGAUUUGAGAGAGGUGGUGAUAUCAGUACCCGAGCGUGAUCAGGUAUAUCAACCGUCCGAGGAAGAACUCAGGAGCUAUCUUGAUCCCUAUGAGAAUGUAAUUUGUACUGAAUGCCAUGAAGGUGGGGAUGAUGGCCUCAUGUUACUGUGUGAUCUCUGCGAUUCACCAGCGCACACCUAUUGCGUUGGCCUUGGGAGGGAAGUACCUGAAGGUAAUUGGUAUUGUGAAGGUUGCCGACCUGUUGCUCUUGGAUCCUCAAGUUCCCUUGCUCAAAGUCGUUUAUCUGAUCAGUUAGCAGCAGCCAGCACCUUGUCUAAUAUUAAUAGACCAUCACCCAUCACAAAUUACAUUAAUGAAGGCUUAGACCUUAAUUCAGUUUCUUCACAAGGAGUUGGGAAUCUAUCAUCUCCUAGAUAUCACUUCAGAGGAUUCCAAGCAUCUUCCCCAUUAUCCCGAAAUGGGGCACCAACAUUAUCAGGAAGAAGGUUGAUACACCGCCAUAUCCAACAGCUGCUUUCUGUGAAUAGAAUGAACCAUGUGUAUGAUAGGGCUGAAGGGAACUCAGGUGUUCCUUUGGUCAAUGAUUUAAAUUCUCCAGUUGAUAGAGGAAGAUUACCAACAAUUCAACGUGCAAGUACACAAGACAUGGGAGUAUCAUAUCAUGCAUUCUUUCAGGAAAGAUUACGUGAAAAUUUGUCCCCCACAGUGCAAGAUACUUAUCUUCCGUCUCCAAGAAUAAACCAAUUAAGAAGGCAAACGGGGCAGGAACCAACCACUGUAUCUGCCAAUGGGACAUUGUGGCCUGGACUUGCAGAGCAGAAUUCACUAUCAGGUUAUGAGCAGUCCCAACAGUGCAGCAAUAGACCAAACGAUGGUUAUGACAGAGAGAAUGGUGAUCUUCACAAUGCAAAGGAACAGCUGCAGUCAAUGGUCAAAAACCAUUUAAAGAACCUGUCACGUGACACUAAUUUAGCCCAAGGUACGUUUAAGGACAUAGCUAGGAGUUCAACACACACCAUUUUAGCAGCAUGUGAGCUCGAGUACAGGAGCAACGAGGUUGUUGCUGUGCCCCCACCACCCAUCUGUGGCCACAUAGAAUUAAUGGCAGGUGGCAAAGCAAGUCUAAUGAGAGGUUGCUGCUCCACAUGUUUCGAUUCUUUUGUAGGGGACGUAGUGAAGAAGAUCCUGGAUACAAAAUUGUCUGAACAAUGGUUGAGUUUAGGACUUUAAAAAUUGAUGGAAGGGUGUCCUUUUGGACAUUAUUUUUUUCUCUUCAUCUUCUUCUUUGGGUUAGAGGUUUAUACAAUAAUUUAUUAACUAUGUUUAUAGAAUUAAUCCCCCACUUACAUUGAACAUGAACAUCCCUAUUCUUAAUGGACCAAGUCCUGUAAUUGUUUAGAUAGGAUGAAUUCUUAUACCCUUUAUUUAAACUUGUUGAAUUUGAUAACCUACCAUGUAACACAUUUUAUAGCCAGAGUUCAGACAUCUGUUUUCCAAGGUAACUAGAA